AUGUCGAAAGAAAAAGGAAAGCUCGUGGAUCGGGGAGGUGGUCCGGAAGAGGAAAGGAGAUUGUUAAAGAAGAUGGAUAUCAGGCUCAUACCUCUGGUGACGCUUCUUUAUGUUCUUAGUUUUCUGGAUAGGGUUAACAUUGGAAACGCGAAACUAGCAGAUAUUGAGGUCGACCUAGGAUUGAGGGGUGAUCAGUAUAAUUGGGCUAUAGGAAUAUUCUUCGUUGGAUAUGUAAUAUUUGAAGUGCCGUCAAACAUAAUGUUGGUGAAGACCAGACCUUCGACAUGGCUUCCCACAAUUAUGAUCGGAUGGGGCACCGUAAUGACAUUAACGGCCAUUGUGAAAAGUUUUGAGGGGCUGUUGGUCGCACGCUUCUUUCUGGGCGCGUUCGAAGCGGGUCUAUUUCCUGGCAUAGUAUUCUUCAUCACAAUGUGGUACAUACGUUCUGAACAAAACUUUCGAAUUGGAUUAAUAGUAUCAGGUUCCGCGCUUGCCGGAGCGUUUAGCGGUCUCCUUUCAUAUAUUAUUGUAUUGCACUUGGAUGGAACUUAUGGAUUUAGCGGAUGGCAGUGGAUUUUCAUAAUCGAUGGCAUUGUGACAAUUCUAGUUGCCUUUAUAGCGUUCUUCUUAAUCACUGAUUAUCCAGGAACCGCCAUGUGGUUAACUGAAGAAGAGCGACAUCUGAUCACUGAUAGAUUGAAACGCGACGCGGGAGAUGCCUACGCUCCUCAUUUCACCAUGAACUACGUGUUGGAAGCCAUCAGAGAUUGGAAAGUGUGGAAUGCAUCACUCGUGUAUAUCGGAAUCACCAUAGCCAUGUUCUCAUUUUCAUUUUUCAAUCCGGCGAUUGUCAAUGGGAUGGGGUUCGACGAAGUAACCUCUCAACUACUCGCCGCACCACCAUUCUUAAUUGGCUGCAUAGACACUAUCGUGGUAACUGUAUUAUCCGAUCGUUUAUCCAAACGAGGCCCUUUCCUCUUUGGUUGUUUGAUAAUUUCGAUCAUUGGAUAUAUAUUACUUAUUAUUCCUGACCUUCCUACCGCCGGAAAAUACACCGGAGCCUGCAUUGUAGGUGGAGGACUAUUUCCCUGUGUUCCUACAACCAUCACAUGGCUGAACAACAAUCUCGCAGGGAAUGUGAAGCGCGCGACCGGUAGUGCAAUAAUGAUUGCGUUCGGUAAUGUUGGAGGGAUAAUAGCCGCUCAGGUGUAUCAACCCAAGGACUCUCCGGACUACCAAACUGGUCACGUAAUAACCUUGUGUUGUCUGAUAGUAUCAUUGUUCUCGGCGGUGCUGUUCUACGUUUUUUUGAGAAGGGAAAAUAGGAUAAAAAAUGAUGACCCAGCGAAAUUACUGGAAGGAAAGACCGAUACAGAGAUUAAAGAUAUGGGAGAUUUGCACCCUACGUUCAUUUACAGUUUGUGA